AUGGAACAGGAGCAACAACACGUUAGAAGUCCUGAACCGGCUGAACCCAAGUUCGACCCACCCAAGAAGUCACAGCUGGACUUUGCGUUCAAGUUCAUCAAGCAGAGCAUCUUUACCGCUCUAGAGGAGACGGAGAACGCGUUAAACUCGCUGAGUUGGCUGGAGCAGGCUGAUAAUAUUCCAUCAAAUAUCUCGGAGCAGGAGAUUAUGAUAAUGGAGGAGACGGCACAGGUACGAACCAAAGUAGCUAGACAGCUCCUCAAGAGUCUCAAGUCGUACAAGCCCAAGACUGAUCCUCAGGAAGACGAUAAUAACAAGGAAAACGAUGGAUCAAUGCCUCCUCUGUCACCUGGUGCUAAGUUGAGGAAUUUGUCUUAUCAAAAGUGCUAUAAGUGUAAGCUUUGCAAGGCCCGUUUUCACAAGCAAUCUCACCUGAAAUGCCACGUACGCCUCUCCCAUUACAAGCUUUCCUUUGUGUGCACCAAAUGCCACAAUCACUUCCAGUCAAAACAGCGUCUAAGGCACCACAGAUGUCCUGCUAACAACCCUGAUGAGCCUCAGGAGGUGAUUGAAACUAUGCCAGAAGAGCACGAUCAUGUGCAGGAGAUUCGCCGAGAUGUUUCCCCUCAGCCACCUCGUGAAGUGCCCAUGCACAGCUACCAUCCUCAAGGACCCAUCCAAGAGCCUCUACCUCAUCACGGAGUCCCCGUUGGCCACGUGCCUGAGCAUUUGAAAUACAAUGGAGAUGAAGAUGAUGGACAGGAUGAAGACGACAGAAGCCCUGCUCCACCACACCCCAACCAUGAGCCCAUGCAGCACCACUCAGAUGAGGGACCAAUGCAAAUGAUGUCUCCGAAGGGGAAACCGUCUCCCUGUCAAAGCAACACCAGUGGAGGUAGCUCAAGAAGUGCCCACAGCUCUAAUGAGGACCAGGAAUCACCGAAAGUUCGAGAAAGAACUUCCUCUUGUACUCCUGGUACUUCUCCUGAAGAUAAUGAAGAUCAAAUGAGGGACUAUAGAAAUGGAAACAUGCCCCCAGCUGUGACUCCUAAUCUGAUGAGAACACCGAAUCUGUCCUACAUGCCUGAAGUCAACUAUUACAUGAAAGAUUCCCCUCCUGAUCCAAAUCGUGAGCGUUCGUUUUUUCAGGACCGGCGACACCUUCCACUUCCCCCAAUUCCACUUCAUAGAUUCGACACAGCCUUUGGAAACCCUCUUCCCUCUAUAAUCCCGAGACCAGGACAGCCGCCUGACAUAAGAGCACAAUAUGAAAACGGAUCCCUGUCAAACCUGCCCAGUCCAAUUCCGACUACCCAACCACUGCAAUCGUUUCUCGGAAAGAAAGAAGGUCUCCCUUUGUUGAACAUCCAGAAAAACAACGCGUUUAUAUCCCAACUGAUAGCUGCUAGUUGUAUCCCUACAGCCUCCUCUACCUCCACUACCAACAUAUUCACCUCUCAAAGCACUCCCAGCUCUGGGAACGCGUUUGCAACAACAGAGUCUGGAAGCAGCAGCACUACUCCUCCUCAAGAGUACGCUCCACCCCCUCCACCCCCUCCUCCUCCCAUCAAGGCUAUCCAUCCGCCUCACACUCAGACUCCAUCCUCUGAGUCCUCCAGCGGGGAGGGUGGAAAUAACCUGAACCAGUUCCUGGACUAUAAGAAGUACUCAUGCAAGAUUUGUCACAGGAAGUUCUCACAACGAAGCUCCCUAAAUCGGCACGUUUACACCAUACACUGGAACAUGAAGAUCAAGUGUGCAUUCUGUACCAAGACAUACACCCAGAAGUGUCUUCUAAAACAGCACGUGUACGAGGAGCACGGAGUAGAGGCAUGUCUCCAGAUGUUCAGUGCUAAUGAGCGCAUCAAUUGGAAGAUGCAGCUUGUAAAUUCCCAAAAACAGCGGCUAAACAUGGCCAUCGAUGAAGAAGAUUCCGGAAAACAGAUGAAGCAAGAAACGAGUUCAACGUAGUUGUAAAUGAGUAAGGACGAGGCUUUUUGAAGCUUGCGACGUCUUAAUAAUCUGGUCAUAUCGUGAACGAAACUUUUUGUAGACAGUGUUGAAGAUGUCGGUGAGAGUAACAAGAAGAGAAAGAAGGAAAUAUUAUUCUGCUGUUAUUGAGAGACAUGUUGGGUGAGCGCAAGGCAAUAUAUGUCCGAACGCGUUGUGCCUAAAGACUCAGGAUUAACAGGAUUUAAUACUCAAUAUCAAGAUGCAAAUCAAGUGAGGGAGAAAAUGCAAAUGUUUGGGAUUCUUAUUUUUUGAUGAUACAAAAUAAUGCAUGCAGGCAACACGUUGAAAAUGAUAUAAACUAAGACUUGUCGGUAUCUAGAACGAUUUGGUCUCGAUAAACAGAUUUUAUUUAGGUUAUUGGAUACUGGUAUCCAAAUGAUAAAUCCAGUACAACAAGCUACUGUCUAUUAUUAUAUGUUAUUAGAGGGUUAUUUUUCAUAAAAAUAUGGAUAUUUUAUAAUACAAGAACUAUAUUCUCUACUACAUAGUGGCUAUUUAAGAAAUAUUAUAUUAAUUGGUCGUGUGCACCGAGUAUUCUAAGACACGAAAUGUGUGGAACAAAAUAUGGUAAUUAUUUUAAAUUCUGGCUACAUUUCUGCUUCAAGGAUCUCAUAUAUUCUCGCAUUUGAUAUUGCUGUUAAGAGAAUUAAUUCAAUUUUGGCAAAGUAGUUGAGUACAUGUUACUGAUCAGCGUUUAUCUUUUUCUUCCUAGAGAUAAUUGUAAGUCUCGUUUAUCUGUACUUCUGUACAGUAGCUCCUUUUACGGAACUUUGUACCAUCCGCUAACGACUAUUUCGAUAUUAUAUUAGCAUUUCAUAAAUCUCAAGAUGGUUUUAGCGGAAAGAGUUUUGUAUUAUUAAUUUAUUGUUUUAAAAAGUUUUUAAUCAUUUUUUUGUAAAAUUGGAUCAAAAAUGGCUUGAGCUUCAAUUCAAGGGAGUUUGAUUGAGGCUCUACUUUCGGCAUUGCCUCAGCUAUUAGUGAUCUAUAAUUGCAAUACAAGAUAAUAAUGAUAUGAGAAUUAAUAAUGGAUAAUAUAUAAUAUGAUAUUAUACAUGGAAGGUAUUACAAUUGAUUUGAAAAUACCUCUAUUAUAUUUGGUUUGGAGAAGAUGCUUGAAACUACUACAAUUGCUAUGGUAUGUUGUAAAACAUUUUAUCUCAAAAUCAGACUUUUAUUAAUUAAUCUCGUUUGAAGUAAGGUAAAUAAUUCACGGAAUAAAUUCUGACAAAAUUUAUCAAAUAUUCAUUGGGUGGAAUUUGAAUAUCGACCAAAAUCUUCUAAAUAAAGAACUAGAGCUCACAAAUAAAGAAAAAUCUGAAUAUUCAAAUUAGUCUGCCCAGGGUGAAUUAGUAGUACUAAUGUACACAGUAUACAUGUAUACAGAUCAGUAAGCGUGAAACAUUAAUAUUAGUAGUACACUAAUGUACUACAGAUCAGUAAGCGUGAAACAUUAAUAUUUGAUCUUUAGCUUUGGCUUGUUUGAAGCAUGGAGCUACAAUGAAUCAAAAGUAGUAAGGUAGUACGUUUCGUGAAAAGUCGGGGUGAUAUGUGCCAAGAGCGGGAAUUGAACCCACGACCUCCCGAUGCUAUAACCAUCUGCAUUCAGCUAUCUCGCCUACAAUUGAUUACUUUGUAUUGGAGAUUACAUGUCUUAUCUGUAUUACACACAGUGUUCAUAUAUACGCAACCAUUAGGUUAACCUUUCCAGUUUAAGGAUGGGAUUAUCUGAUCUCUUUUAGAAAUAUCACAUUCUCCACAUUCUGAACUAUCUAUAGAGCAGGAUUAUAUAUAUACCCCUAUACUGCACUUUUACUGCAUUUGAUAAACUAUGUAAUCUAUCAUGGUGAUGUCCUAUAAUGCGCUGUUAUGCACAUUAUGAUACUCGAGGUGUUCAGGAGACCGCACUGCUUGGAACUUUAAACUUUACUGACAGUGCUUGUUGAUCGUUGCAAUGAUAUGUACAUAAUGAUACCUCGUUUAGAUUGCCUUUUAAAAGUACGCACGUGACCCUCCGUUUGUACACGUGAUCCAUCGUGUGUACUUGUAGCAGGGAUUAGUUGAGUGUGUACUUGGGAGUUGGGAUAAACAUCCAUUUUUCAGCUUUCACAUAAUAUGCGAUAGACAAAUAAGUAGAAAAAGCAUUGAUCAAAAUCUAACCUUCCAUUCCAGAGAUGGCACAGACCAAAGUUUGAGGUCAAAAUCGUUAGUUCCCGCAAUCAAACAACGAAUGACUUUUUAAAAGUUCCAAUUAAAUCUUCACAACAUGGGGAAAAUAUUUUCGGUCAUCAUCAGUACCUAGUAAAGAUAAGAUAAGGUUAGAACUCC